CAAAACUCUCUCUCUCUCUCUCUCUCUAAAAGGGAAACCACAAGCUAUCUCCCAUGGAGUUGGGAACGAGGACACACUCAUAAAUCUUUCACUUUCAGUCCUCUCUCUCUCUCUCUCUCUCCUCCAACUUCACAUUCCACCUGAAUAAUAAUAAUCUUUUGGUAAAGCACAAUCUCUCUCUCUGUCUCAUCAUUUUCGAUUUUUGGGCAGCUUUCCAUUUCUUUUUCUUCUUUCGUUCUCUGAAUAACUUUUUCACUCACUAUCUUGAGUGCUCUUUUUCCCCUUUUUUUUCUUAUUGGCUUCCACAAGCUAGGCAUCCAAUUUUUUUUAGCUUCUCUCUUUACUUCUUUAGUACUUCUUGGUUUAAUUUGCAUAUGUUUUUGCUCAUUUUUUAAAGUUUGUGCUGUUUUGUUUAUGGGUUUUGGAAUUUCCUUUAUGGGUUUCCUCAGAAAUUGAGGUUCACACAAGCUUUUGUCUCAAAAGUAGAAAAAUCUUGGUGGGUAAAGUCUAGUGCACAGUGAGUUCAGUGUUUGGUAAGUUUGAUUGAGAUUUCGUUUCUACCUUGUAACUGAGUAAAAUUGUAGAAGAGAUAGGAUUUCUUGCUUACUAGUUUGGUGAUUUUGUAUGUAAUUUGUAGAAUUGUGAUUCUUUGUUACAAUUAAUGGAGUCUUGGAGCUAUGUUUCUGAAGGGAAGGGUUUUGUAUCUGAUGAAUCUAUUUCUGCUACGGAUGUGAUUGGGAGAGGGAAAAAUGGUUUGAUGGGAUGGGAAUUGAAAACCCCAUGUAGUUAUGAUAAUAAUAUGGUAGUCACAACCAGUGAAGGCGGGAUUGAGAAUCAGGGGUUUGUGGAAUUGGGUUUCCCGGAAACCAUGAGAAAAUCUAGGCCUCUGAAUAACUCAGUUAAAGAUGUUUCAGGUUGUAGAUUUUUUGGUGAAGGAAUGUGUACACCAAUUACAUCUACAACAAAUGCAUUUUCUGGGGAGGACGAAUCGAGUUCAAAGUUUUCUAGCUCUGUUGUGGAAUCAAACAGCCGCGAUUCAUCGCUCAUUGAUUUGAAAUUGGGGAGGUUGGGUGAUCACAGAGAUCCCCAGAACUUCAAAUCCUCUAAGGCAGCCCCUAUGCUGUCUUCAGCGGAGUCGUCUACGCCUGCAAAGAGGGUCCGAGCGGGUACGAGUACUCACACGCCGUUUUGCCAGGUUUAUGGUUGUAAGAAAGAUUUGAGCUCCUCUAAGGACUACCACAAGAGGCACAAAGUUUGCGAGGUUCACUCAAAGACUGCCAAAGUUAUUGUGAAUGGCAUUGAACAAAGGUUUUGUCAGCAAUGUAGCAGGUUCCAUUUGCUGGUUGAAUUCGAUGAUGGUAAACGCAGCUGUCGUAAACGUCUUGCAGGCCACAACGAGCGUCGAAGGAAACCUCAUGUUCACUCUGGAAGAACUGGGAGGUUAUUUCCGUCAUAUAUUGGUUCUGCAGGUAACAGGUUUCAGGGGAGUACACUAACAACAUCAUCUUUUAUUUGCCAAGAUAUACUCCCCGGCAACAUUCUGCAUCCACAGAAAUAUGACACGAAUGACUGGAACAGGCACAUAAAAAAUGAAGAUGGAGCCGAUUAUUGUCCUCAAUCAGAAAUUCCCAUCACAACAAAUGGACAUCUACAUCCAAAAUCGCCGUUCCCUUAUGAGUUUGAGAAAAAUUUCCCUUCUUUUCAUGCCAAUGGAGUUAAUUCAGCACCAGGAAGAGACUUUAAUGAGAACAGUAAUCGAAACCCACUUGACCUGGGCGCCCCAAACUCUGGUUCAGGUUCUUUGAUCCAGAACACUUCAUUAGGAAAUGAAGACUUUAUUCUUUUUGAUUCUGCAUCAACCGUUCAAGGGUUAUCAGGGAUGUUGGCCCCUGGGCGUGCUCUCUCUCUUCUGUCAUCUCAAUCACAGAAUUCUUCGAGUCAUUCAUCUGGAAUUCCAAUGACUCAACCCCCGAACGUGUCUGGAAGCCAUGCGCAUUACACUCAAGUCUCUGGAAAACUCUUCGGGAUGAGCCCUCAGGCUUCAACAAGUGGAGUAUCACAUAAGUUUAAUUCCACUGGCAUGAAUUCUGCAGAGGGGAAUCAAUUUGACCCCAUGCUAAUUUCGGAUGACGGUGAUGCUGUCAACUUCGCUGAUGGGAAUUUCCAAGGGUCACGAUACAUGGAUGGCACGGACUGUCUUUCUUGUGAUGAUGGACCAACUGUUGAUUUGCUUCAAUUGUCAUCACAGCUUCAGCGGGUGGAGCAUGAAAGGCAAUCUACACAGGUGAAGCAUGAAGGUGAUGCUUUCUGUGGUCUUAAGAUUACUUAAGUGGUCGAGGAAUCAGGGUGAGUCGCUGACAGAAUCGUAGCAUGCAGUGUUGAGAAAACUAUAUGAAGCCUUUCCAAGCAUGAAGAAACUAUGGCAUCUAUUUUGCCUUUUUCACCCACUGCUGGUACUCUACUGGAUUCUGUACAAACCGGGAAGUUAGUUACUCCGUUUCUUAGCAUGAUUAACUGGUAUUCAUGUUCACUUGUAUAUAAAUUUAAUGCUCUCUGAUAUGCCGAGAUCUUUUUGUUCUUGGCUACUACUUUGUAAACUUGAUCAAACAAAUUUCACAAUCAAGCUUAUCUGUUAUCAGGAUUUGUAUCUCAGUGAUUAGCAUAAACUACCUCGAAACAGUUGUGCCACUUUGCUAGGGAAAGUUGCUAUUGAAGAAUCAUUUUUAA